CACAUUUACCACAGCAUGUCGGCUUUGGCGAUUUUGACCAUCCCGCAAACGGACGAAGAGAAGCAACUCAAAGCGAAAUUCGCAGAGCUCAAGCUUGCCAAGGAAAAGCACCAAGCCGAAGUCGCUGCAGCCGCUGCCGCUGCCGCAACUGCAGGCGUUGCAGUCGUCGACGCAAUGGGCACAACAACGGAGGCUGUCGAGACGCUUCCCGCAGCGACCGAGAGUGGAGGCGCAACAGCGAGCACAGCGGCCAGCAGCAGCAGCGCUGGACCAUCUGCGACCAGCGGCAAGGGCUCAAAGGCAACCGCCGGGUCCAAAGCGUCGAGUGCGUCUGGUGCAGGCCGAGGCGAUCUUAGUCUUAACAUCCCCUCGGCGAGGGCAUCGGGCACUGCGUCGGAGACGACUCCAUCCCGAGCGCCGCCUGCGCCACAGGCACUCCGAACGCCAACCACGGCAUCACCGGGAAUUGCCAUCGCAAAAAGCGCCGAGGAUCAGUUUGCUGCUGCCAAGAAGAUGCUCGAGGCAGAGAGAUUGAGGAGAAACUCUGUCAAGGAAUCGGGAUUCAAGCGUUCGGCAGCCUCGCAGCGUUCAGCACAGCUCCAAGCACAACAGCGAAUGGCCGAGCAGCAACAACGAGAGCAAGAACUGCAACAGCAACAACAGUUUGGAUACGGAUCGGAAUCAAUAUUCGGCAAUUACCCCUCAGGCACGCCACCUCAACCAAACUACACGAGUGACCGUUUCGUCAGCGAUCAAGGCGCAGCUCCGCUUGUUUCAACAGAUGCAAACUCGCCCUGGUCUACGCAUGACUAUCCACCACCGAAACGAGCUCGUGUUGACGAAGACGCAGCAGCAGAAGACGAACCGCCACAACAACCCGACCAAAUUUCGAACGCCCCUUCCACUUUAAAGCCAUCUCCCAGCUCGGCAGUACAGUAUCCAUCAUCAGCUUAUCCAACACAGAGCACAGAAUCCACCGACGAUUUGCCAGAGGAGUUGUAAUUUCAGUCCUCCCUGGUAGUCGUCCAGAGCUCUUCAUCUUGUACAUCAAUGAUCAAAAAACAACACGUUCAGAUCAAGAAUUUCAAAUACGAGAUAUACUACAAAC